AUGCCAGUCGCUCAAUCUCAAACCUGGUCCCCCGAAAGUUUCUGGAGUCGCGCCGAGUCCGAGCGAUGGGAGCCAGGUACACCGCCGACAUUGAUCCAAAACGCAACAAUAUGGACGGGAGGCGACAAUGGCGAUGAAGUUGUGCUUGGUGAUAUUCUGCUGGAUAAAGGUAUUAUCAAAGCUGUUGGAGAGUACCCUCUGGGCUUGGACGCGGUUGGAAAUAAGCUAGUAGUCAAGAAUGUGCAGGGAGCCUGGGUGUCGCCUGGCGAUCAUCUCGGCGUUGAUAGUGUGCCCGAGCUACGAGGCGCCGCCGACACAAACUCCCUCAAGGCACCGACUAUGCCGUAUCUUCGCUCCCUCGAUGGAUUCAAUACACACGACACUGCAUUCGCUCUUUCUCGUUCUGGUGGAGUUGCCACGGCACUUAUUCUGCUGGUAGUGCGGACAACAUUGGUGGUCAGGCCUUUGUCGUUAAAAUUCGCAAGACGAGUCAUGGCGGACCAAGCUCCAUGGUACUUGAGCCCCCCGCGACACCAUAUCAACGGUACGCGUGGAGAAGCAGAUGGCGUCAGAUGGCGGCACAUAAAGCACGGCUAUAAUUCGGCGCGCGAGGUCAAGCAGCAGCAAGACGCGUUUUGCGCCGCGCCGAUGCUGGAACUGGCAAGUCACACGGAACUUCGAUUGGUCGAAGGAAAGUUUCCGGAAGAUUUGCAAUUUGAAGCGUUGGUCGAUGUGUUGAGAGGCCGUGUCAAGGUUACAUUCAUUGCCCAGGCUGUUGACUUUGACGGCAUUCUUACUAACGAGUUCAAGUUCCCGUCGCGGCCUUCCAUCACGCACACGAAGCAUACCUUGUUCCCGAUAUUCUUAAGAGUGCGUGGGGAGAUGUCCCUCCCGCUGUCGCAUUGUUUGCCACCAAUGCACGAUACAAUACGAGGCUUACCGUGGCUCGGAAUUCGCACCCAAAAUGUUCCCGAUAUUCUUAAGAGUGCGUGGGGAGAUGUCCCUCCCGCUGUCGCAUUGUUUGCCACCAAUGCACGAUACAAAUACGAGGCUUACCGUGGCUCGGAAUUCGCACCCAAAAUAUUACAUGACAAUGGAUUCAGGGUUGUUAUGAAGUCCGAUCAUCCCGUUCUAAACUCCCGCUACUUGCUCUACGAAGCUGCACAAGCACAUUAUGGUCUACCGGCUGGUCCCGCGCUCUCCUCUGUUAUCACCACUCCAGCAGAGGUAGCCGGGUUUGGACAUCGUCUUGGGCGUGUCCAGAACGGUUACGAUGCAGAUAUCGUUGUUUGGGACUCGCAUCCCCUCACUCUUGGUGCAACACCUAAACAACUUUAUAUCGAUGGAAUCGCCCAGCUUUCAGACCCGGUCGUGGUUUCCAAACCGAGCACGUUCCAACGCAUCCCGGCUACUCCCAACUGGGGCAAAGCGCCUCAAGAAGCGGUCGAGUAUGAUGGACUUCCACCACUUCAGUCCAACUCUGGAAAAGACCAAUCCCAGGCUGUUGUGUUUACUCGUGUAAAGGACGUUUGGACUAGCUCCUCGGGAGAACUUCAGCUUCAAUCGCUUCCGGCUGAUAGUGUCGUAGUUGUUUCCAGCGGACGAAUCACUUGUGUUGGCUCAGCCUCUCGCUGCUCUUCGUCUCUCUCAAACACCAAAGUGGUGGACCUCGCCCAUGGCUCCUUAUCUCCUGGCUUGAUUUCUUUUGGGGCUCCUCUGGGACUGGAAGAGAUUUCGGCUGAGAGCUCGACUAACGAUGGAACUGUGCCGGACCCAUUCGAUGAGAAUGGAGUUCCAAAGGUUGCAGGUGGCGAUGAUUUGGUCGACGAGAUACUUUGUUGGCCCACCGCGGGUGUCACUACGGCCGUAAGCGCGCCAGUCUCGUCAGGUUUGUUCUCUGGCGCGAGUGUCGCCUUCCGGACCGGAGCAUCGCACAAGCUCGAGGAUGGCGCUAUUGUCAAUUCUGCGCCAGCCUUGCAUUUGACUGUAGGACACGGCUCCAGCGUCAGCGUAUCUACCCAAAUUGCAACACUCCGUCGGCUUUUAUUGAAGAAUCUUGCCAAAAAAGGCAAACACGAUCUGGUAGCCAAAGCCCUUGGCGGACAAGUUCCGCUUGUAAUCAAAGUUCACAAGGCCGAUGACAUGGCAACUCUGCUUGAACUCAAGUCCGAAAUCGAAGACCUUACAUCCGUGCCGCUUCGUCUGACGUUCGCAGGCGCUACCGAAGCUCAUCUCAUUGCAAAGGAGAUUGCAGAGGCCGGUGUAGGUGUGAUUGUCAUCCCAAGCAGGAGCUUCCCGAGCAACUGGGACCAAGCAAGAGUUUUACCUGGUCCGCCCUUGAGCCGAGACUCGCUGAUCACCAAAUUGCUUAAAGCGAAUGUAACUGUGGGCCUUGGCGUCGUAGAGGCCUGGGAAGCCAGAAACACACGGUUUGAUAUUGGCUGGGCCGCGCUGGAGUCUGACGGUGAUAUCAACAAACAGGACGCACUUGCUCUCGGAACCACCAAUCUACAAAAACUAUUGGGCCUCGAGGGGAGCGAGCUGCUGGGAGAUCUUAUUGCUUACCACGGUGGAGACUGCUUUGACUUAGCGAGUCGGCCGGUUGCAGUCGUUUCCGCUGCCCGGGGGACGGUGGACCUCUUUUAA